UCACAGACCUCCUGGAAGGGCGGUGGGAGUAACGGAACAGUCGGAGAAUAAAUGGCCUGCUGCCAUGUAUUUUAUUUACCUCAUCUCUUUAUUUAGCUGCCCUUAUAAGGAAUGCCAUCCAAGAAGGACUGACUUGUGGCAGCUGGUCAGGUGGCCAGGGAAGAAUCGCUUUCGGACACGCAGGAGAGGAUAGCAGAGAGAAGAGAGUGGCGGGGCCCGAGCUCCGGGAACCUCGGCCCCCGCAGGACCGAGAAGUCGCCCGUGGCUCCUCGGCCGGCCCCCGUCCCAGGUCCCGGGUCCGAAGUCACUCCGGCUUACCGGAAAGAGCCUCGUCAUCACCCCGCACCCCGGACACUUCCUUACAGAGACUCACUCACUGGCCGGGCGGGCCUCCCGGGGGCGCCGUCCCGCAAGCGCGGCACCUCCGCCGGGGCCCCUCUUCCGCGCCCGCCCGGGGAUCCCCUCUCCAGCGAAGCCGCUCCGAACGCCGCCGGCCGAGCUCCCCGAGCCGGGGCCGCGGGGCGUCUGGCCGAGAUUCGAAAGAGCGAGUGAAACUGAAAACCCCGAGGAGAGUUUCGGAACUUCUCUUGUGGUUGCGAACUGUACAGUUUCAACCUGCGCAAGAGCGACCUUGGCUGGACCGGGCAGGCGAGAACCGCGCCCCGCCGAUCGCAGGAGCCGGGUGCGGAGGAGGAGUGGGCGCAGGGCUUCCUCAGUCUAGGGCUGAAGACUUUGGGCGGUGCCAGGAGGCAGAGGUAUAGACACACCCCAGGCUACCUUUUCCGGUCAUGCUCCUAAAACUGCAGGGAGGAAGGUCACUGGCUCACACCACAGGUCAUCUUUUGCUGACACUGCUGCUGACCGAAGCUGGGAAGACUCUGGGCAAUGCCCACUCUCUGUGCCUCGACCUCACUGUCAAAAAACAGUCCAGACCGGGCCAGCCCUCGUGUCAAGUCCAGGGCUCCAUGGACACAAAGCCUUUCCUCCAGUAUGACAGUGACAGCAACAAGGUCAGACCUUUGGGUUUCCUGGGGGAGGAGGUAAACGACACCAAAGCGUGGACUGAACUGAGCCAAAUGGUGGGAGAAGCAAGAAGAGAGCUCAGGAUGGUCCUGCCUGUCAUCAAACUGGACAAAAAGGAGAUGAGGGGUCCUCCCUCCCUGCAGGUCAGGCUGUGUUGUCAGCGUGAAGCCCAGCAAUGCUCUGGUGCAUCCUUGCUCUUCAGCCUCAAUGGACAUACUGCCCUCCUCCUUGACACCAUGAGCAUAACCUGGACAGGCAUCGAUCCUGGAGCCACAGGCCUCAAGGAGGAGUGGGAGAACAGCCAGGAACUGGCAGAGUACUUCAGGAAGAUCUCAGUGGGAGACUGCAGUUAUUGGCUUAGGGAACUCCUGGAACACUGGGAGAACAUGCUGUUCCCAGAGCCCACAGAACCACUAAUAAUGGCCCCCAGAUAUCAGCCAGUCUGCAUCUGUCCGAUUGGUCGCUGGUAUUAUCCUAUUGAUCAUCACCCAGUUAGUUCGAAUUGCUUCACCGUCAUGAAUCUUAUGAAGAAAUCAGGAACCACAGCAGCUAUUCCAUCAUCCGGAUGUUUCUCCGUGGACUAUGAGAAGGAGAGAGAAAUGUGGACACGGAUAGAAGAGACAGAUACAGGAAGACAAGACCCACGGGAAGAGUGUCAUGGAAGGACAGAAAUAGACACGAGCUCCGCAACGCCAAGGGUUUCCGGGAACCACAGAGCUGUCCACGGUACCUCGGUCGUGUCCGCCUCUUUGCGGCCCCAUGGACUGCAGCCCACCAGGCUCCUCUGUCCGUGGGAUUCUUCAGGCAAGAAUACUGGGGUGGGUUGCCAUUUCCUUCUCCAUGCAACCACCAGUAGUUAGGAAGAGAAAAGAUGCAGCCUCCCUUAGAGCCUUCAGAGAGGGCCCUACUGACAUCUUGAUUUCUGACUUCUAACCCUCACAACCUUGAAAGAAUAAAUUU